AUGGACAGUAAUGCUGCUUCGUGCGACUGCCAGCGGGAGCACAGCAAGUGGGACAAGCUGUUCAUCAUGCUGGAGAACUCGCAGAUGAAGGAGAACAUGAUGCUGCAGGCUCUGGAUGAACUCCCCAGGCUGGAGCUGCAGACCCUGAAGGCAGAGCUGAGCCAGCUGGCCACCACCCUGGCGAGCACCUUCGCCACUGUCACCUCCCACGUGGUGUCCCAGGUGGAGCAGGUGCUGGUGAGGAGCAGGGACCAGGCUGAGGAGGCCAGGAGGCUGCAGGAGUCGGAGCAAGGGAAGGUUCUGGAGCACGUCCUGCAGCUGAGCCACAACGUGUCGGUGAGGCUGGGCUGGCUGGAGAGCGCCUGGCGCCGCAGGGCCGAGGAGCAGGCACAGGAAACUGCUCUGCAGCAGCACAAACUGGAUGCCAGCAGAGGGGACAGCCUCAUCCUGAGCUCGCUGUGGAAGGAGCUGCAGCAGACCCGAGCUGAGCUGAGGGCGUCACAGCAAUGGGCAGCUCAGCACCUGCUGCCAGCAGGCUGUGAAACCGCAAUUCUGUUCCCCAUGCGCUCGAGGAAGAUCUUUGGGAGCGUCCACCCAACCUCUGGAAUGACCCUGAGCUCCUUCACUGCCUGCAUCUGGCUCAAGGUCACCGAGGCCUUGGACAAAACCAUUGUCUUCUCCUACGGAACCAAGUUUAACCCCUACGAAAUCCAGCUGUACCUGAGCCGGGCCACGGCCGUGCUCGCUGUGGGCGGCGCCCAGCACAAGCUGGCUGCCAAAAAUGUGGUUGUUCCUGGCAAGUGGCUCCACCUGUGCGGCUCCUGGAGCUCGGAGAACGGAUCUGCAUCCCUGUGGGCACAGGGGGAGCUGGCAGCCAGCGCCUGGGACGUGGCUGGGGCUCACACCAUCCCUGACGGGGGCAUCCUGCAGCUGGGCCAGGAGAAGAACGGCUGCUGCGUGGGAGGGGGGUUUGACGAAGCUCUGGCCUUCUCGGGGAAGCUGACUGGCUUUAACCUGUGGGACCGAGUGCUCAGCCCCGCCGAGGUGACAGCUCAGAGCACGGGGGACACCUGUGGCACCCGGGGCAACGUGGUGGGCUGGGGGGUCACGGAGGUGCUGCCCUACGGAGGGGCCCAGUACGUGUCCUAA